AUGGGAUCCAUUGAGAAUUCAUGUUUGAUUCCCUCAGUGAACUACUCUGAGGUUCUCACCAACGAUGGAGCUGCUGAGGUCUUCGUGCAGGCACUGAAGACCUACGGAGCCUGCCGGAUUCGAGAACAUGGCAUCCCCAAGGAUAUAAUAAAAAAUUGCUUCGAAAAGAGCUGGACAUUUUUCGAGCAAGACCACGAGGUGAAAGCCGCCGAGUCGAGCACAAUCCCUGGUGCGCGCUACGUGCCCUUUGGCAGCGAAAAGAUCAGAGGCGAGGCACAUCUCGAUGAGACGCUCGAGUUUCGACAUUGCGCCUACGAUUGGCCCUUGCCGUGUGCACCCUGCCCAGCACGCGAGCUUCGAGAUGCCUGUCGCCCUUUCCACGAGGAAUGUAACCGCGUCCAUGCGACGCUGCUCGGCGCGAUAUCAUCAUCGCUGAACCUAGCCCGGCCCUUGACCUCAAUCCACAGCCUUCAAAAUACAUACUUUGCUCCAUAUUUCUACCACUUUCCAGACAGGACGGACAAAGAGACCCUUCGCGUUCCUCCACAUAUCGACCCGACAACCCUCCUCUUCACCUUUCAAGACGCCCUCGGCGGCCUCAAAGUCGCGGACCUCAGCCAGCUAGCAGGGAGAUCACUCUCCGCCCACGCAGUCUCAGAGGCAGGUGCCGCGUUCAUCCCCGUUGUAUGCCAACCUGGCGAAUUCCUGGUCCUUGCGGGGAACCUUCUCCGGAAGAUUCUUGGCGGCGCGAUGAAGCACUCGGUGCAUUGCGUUGAAAGGCCCGUGGGAAGCUCGGGGUUCCAUUUGAACUACUGGACCAUCCCCAAUCUGGACAUUGCUUGUCAGGUUGGAGAGAGGGAGGAAACUGUAAAGGACUAUCUGGCUAGGGUGUUUCCGUCGGCGUUUGGGGGGGCCUAG